AUGCCAGGUCCGAAAGAAGCAAAAACAUCCGAGAUAAAUUCGUACCUCAGACCUCUGGUUGACGAAUUAGAAAAGUUGUACAAGGGAGUCAGAGUCCAGACAUAUCAAUGCCCAAAUGGUACCACCAUCCACGCUGCUCUGUUUAUGGUUGCCUGUGACAUCCCUGCUGCCCGAAAAGUGUGUGGAUUCAUGUCCCAUAUCAGUACAAACGCAUGCCACAAAUGUAAUCGCCAAUUCUCCCAAUUAGCUGGAACGAGCUCUGUCAAUUAUUCUGGAUUUGAUUUCUCAAAGUGGCUCCUUCGCACUAAGAAUGAUAAUUGUAAGAAUGCUGAGGUCUGGAGGAAUGCAACCACUGAAGCUGAGAGACAUCGUCUUGAAGUUGAAAAUGGUGUUUGCUGGUCCGAACUGCAUCGUCUCCAGUACUUUGACGUUGUCCGCUGCAUGAUCAUUGAUCCAAUGCACAAUCUCUUCUUAGGCACAGCCAAGAGGAUAAUGGAGAAAUGGGUUGCAGAUGGUCUAAUUGACAAUAAAAAACUCGUUGCCAUGCAGAAAAUCGUUGAAAACAUGACAUUGCUGCCUGAUUACACCAUGCUAAGAUCAAAGAUUUCAAAGGGAUUUCCCUUUAUGAAGGCAGACGAGUGGAAAUCGUGGUGUCUGGUAUACUCUCCAGUGGUUCUACAAGGCGUACUACCAAAGCAAAAGUUUGAGAAUUGGAUGUUUUUUGUGAAUGCCUGCCGUUUCCUUACCAAGCCAAAUGUUUCCAAAGAUGAUGUACAGUCAGCACACAUAGCACUUGAGAAGUUCGGUAAAGGUUGUGAAAGGCUGUAUAGCAAGGAUCUGUUAUCUCCAAACAUGCAUCUCCAUCUUCAUCUUCGCGACACAAUCAAGGACUUUGGGCCUGUUUAUGGGUACUGGCUCUUUAGUUUCGAGCGAUACAACAGCGUCCUAAAGAAUAUCAAUACCAACAGAAGGAGCGGCUUUGAAAUGACAUACAUGAAAACAUUCAUUGAAGAUACCCGUAAAGGCGAUUUUGUUCACAAUUUCUUGAAGACAUCUGGUCCAUUCAAUUUCUCCGGCAUCUUUGAUAAAUUGGUAACUGGUUAUAGUCCUGCUGAUUCUACAACUAGCACCGCCUUGUACAAUUGGCUCUCUCUACCAGACUUUCUUGAUGCUGCCAAAAAUCCGAACUUGUCAAUUCGUGGUAACAAGCCUUUGCCGCCAUCAGCGCUGCCCUUGCAAAAAAAAGCGUAUGAGAUGAUGCCAAGACAGGAGUAUGAUUGUUUGGUAGGAUAUUACCAAGCUGUUUACAACGAUCCCACCAUCUCCAGUUGCAAAGACGUGAUUCAAGAUACAGCUUUCGUCAAUGACUGGAUCGAAAUGCUCAAAUCCGUCAACCUCCUUGGACAGACAUUCAAGGGAAGUAGAGGUACGAAUGGAAGAGGAUCAUAUAUACAAGCAAUGUUCAUAGAAGGUCGAAAUGGAGCAAAGUAUGCGUAUGUCGGAGAGAUUCAGUACCUAUUUGUUCAUUCAUUUAGUCCACUUGUUUCUACUCCACAUCACAGAACACCCCAAAGUAGCCAACAUACAUUUGCUUAUGUAAAAUGGUACAAGGCUUCCAAGGAGACAAGUAGAAAAAUUGCAGGCGUAGAAAUAUGGGAUGUCGCGUUUUCUUUGCCUGACUUUCAAAGCAUCUUGCCAGUGCACCGAAUUCUCCUUCCUGUUGCAAUUGUUGACCAUACAACAUUACGAAAUAUCAGCAAAAAACUUAUUGUUCCUUUGCCUAGAAAACUUUACUUUUAA